GUCGGAUGCUGUGGCGGUUAUUCUGCCAGUGACUACGGGAACAUACACUUACCUGUUCCGGACACCUGUCGAGACCAGGUCACCGGUAACCAGUACGGGGACUCCUGCGCCGAGAUCUUCUCCCAGUACCUGGAAGUCCGCACCGGUUGGAUCGCCGGCCUCUCGCUCUCUCUGUGCUUCUUCCAGUGCUUCGCCAUGAUGUUCGCCUUCUGCAUGUGGCAGGCGCUGAAGGAGAUCCAGAAGGGACACUAAUCACAGACUUCGUCCGGUCAGAGGGAUCGAAGUAGAGAAUGCACAUGUACUACGUCUUUGUGUCCUUUGUCAGCGCCUAUAACAAGUUUCAUACCUCAUUGUUUUAUAAAUCCCGAAAAAAAUGAAUGUUUGCAUUGUCAUAUGUUUAGUUCCAUUGCGGUGUGAAUGUAGACUGUAUUUGUAGACGGUGAAACGUGACGUCGUCUUAGGAUUAGUUUUAUUUUGGUUACUUAAGUACUUUCCUCUUUUUUAUGAUUCGUACUGUAAGAAUGAUGACAUAAUUUACUCUGUGAGUAGAACACUGUCUAACAAUAUUCAGAAAAAAGAAAGUUAACUGGAUGCUGACGAUGAUAAACUGGUCAUUCAGGAACCUAUGUUCUAUGAUUUAUGAUGCGCUUGGAUCGUCUUCGUUUCUGAAAUGUCUUAUGGAAUGAGAAUUGCCUUCUAACGCCCGAGCUCCACCAGCCAGACACGAUUCUGUGCCCUGAGCCACUUCCGGACCAAGAAUCUUGCUCUGGACGCCCAACGUUCUCCAUAUAUAUUGGUUACCUUACAUAUGCAAU